CACAAACGAUUCUAACGAGUCACGCGCUCUCACAGACACAAGGACAUUUCAGAAAGCUUCAUCAAGAAUAAUGAGCACCGAUUUCUCCUGUCUGUCUGCUGUCGCAUUUUAUAUCGUCUGUUUUGGAACAGUGUUGUCAGAUCAGCUCCCGGCCCCUGAUAAUGUGAGAGUAAUAUCACUGGACAUGGGAUUAGUGUUGGAAUGGGAUCCACCACAAAGCAUAAUUUAUGAACACUUCAGCUACACUGCAGAACUCAAAGGGUGGAGUCACUAUGAGGCUGUAUGUGCAAACAGCUCAGCACUAAGCUGCGAUUUCACUAACAACGUCACCGUUUUUGGGACUUACCAGCUUCGUGUUCGGACAGAACUACAUGGACAGAUGUCUGACUGGGUGGAGACUAAUGAGUUAUCAUUGGAUAAAAUAACUAAGGUCAGCGCUCCUCAUGUGCAGCUGAAGAGCAGAAAAGGCCAAACAGAAGUUGAUAUCACUGAUCCUCUUAUGAGAAGAAAAAACCUCAGGGAUGUGUUCGGAAACAUUGUUUACGUCAUCCAAUUUUGGAAAAAAGGAGAAGUGAAAAAGGAGGAAUUAAGAAGAGAACAGAACAGAGUUAUAUUACCUGGACUGGAGCCUCUGGUAAACUACUGUGUCCAGGUAGAGGUUUUGUAUUUGAAUAAUAAAACCAGCCACCCCAGCAAUGAGACCUGUGUGAAUAACACACACAGCAAUGAGGUGGAGCCCUGGCUGAUAACAGUGGUGCUGCUGGUCAGUUUUGUGGUGGUGUUGUGCAUUGUCGUCCUGGUCUUUCUGGCUGUGUGGUUCAGCUAUAAAGGAUGCAGAAUCAUGUACCCUGAUGCCAAAAUGCCAGAGCAUCUCAAAAAGUAUUUGUCCGAGCGGCCGCAGUCCUCCAUAUUCCUGGCCAUGCAGAACAACUCCCAGCUAAAGGAGCAGUUUCACGAGGUCAGCGUAUGUCACAAAGAGCCCAUCAGCUCACAGGACACUCAGCAGACAGAUCGACCAAUCAGGAUUCAAGCGAACAUGGACGAGACAAGUAGUGGUGAGGAGAGACCUGAAAGCACCGUCACUUCAUCAGAUAAUGAAGAGGAGAAGUUACUUGACGUAAUGAGACUGUAGUGCAUCUUGCCAUAUUCAUUUUUUAUUGAAUCUGUUAAGAACUGUUAUUGAGGUUAACAGUUCAACAAGACUGUGGCUUCCUGAAUAAAAUAUUAAAGUACUAAUAAAGUUCAUUUUUUACUAAAAGAACACCAGGACUACCAUGGCUGCUUGCAGAUGGUGUUUCAACAAAUUCAGUAGUAACAGUAUUGGUGUGACUUCUACUGGUUCAUCAUUUGAACAAUUUCAAUCCCAAAAUCUUUAUUUUACUCGAUGCUAGGUUUUUCUUAAAAGAAAUUAAGCCUAUUUUUAGAAACAUUAAGAUGUUUUACAUUGUUAAAUGAUUUUCUUGACAAUUAAGUACAUUUCCCCCCAAUCUCAUUGUCAGUACUGUCAUGUGAAAACGAUAAUGACAUAUGAUUUAAAUUGUGAAGUAUACAGAUUUAGGGCAUGGUAAAAAUAUAGAUUUUCUGAUUAACCACAACCUUUAUUUGAAUGAUUCCAAUAUUGAUUCUUAAAAUCUCAAGAUCAUUGUUUUACUCUAUGUGCAACCCUCUACAGUCCAAAUGUGACCACAUUUUGUUCGAUGUAACUAAAAAUGCCACUGGCUGGUAAAUUUUCACAUUUUUACUCACCAGUGAUACAGUAUAUUGAUGAGAUCAAUGCAAUCCAUUUGUCUGAAUAAUAGCUCUUUUAAAGCUGAAGUCAUUUCUGCACCACUAGCGCCAACAAAAGGAAUUCCAAAAAUAAACUUUGUUUUCAAAACAGUUUUCUGAAUACUGGGUCUAUCCCAGUGCUUUCUUCGACAUAACAUAAUACAUUGUUACUUAUAAACUUUGUGGAAUGUUCCUCCAUGUCUGGAUCUCUUGUGUUAUGUGACAAGAUCACUCCCAUUAUAAUGAAUGAAACUGUGCAAAUCAUUUACACCAGGGGUGCCCACACUUUUUUGUGUAAUGAUCUACUUUUAAAUGAGCAACUCAAUAAGAUCUACCAACUAAAAAAACACAGUUUCAUUUAAAAUAAGAAAAUGCUUGUUGGGACUACUGCAUGUAUCCCUACAUGGAAUUCAUCUUCUAAUUAAUAAAAAAAAAAUAUAUAAUAAUGUUCAAUGUUGAUAUCAUUCAGUUUUAAAACUAAACCCAAAACAC